AUGGAGUUCCAUCUAUACUCCAUCCUCACCCUGCUCGCUACCACUGCAGGCGUCUUCAGGUUCAUUUUAUACCCGGCCUUCUUUUCUCCCUUGGCCAAGAUUCCAAAUGCCCAUUGGUCCUGUAGCUUCAGUCCUUUGUGGAUACUAUGGAUGAAAUGGUCGAAACAGGAAAACCGCGAGGUAUACAAACACCAUAUGGAAAAGGGCCCUGUGGUACGACUUGGCCCGAGUCUGGUCAGUGUGAACUGCUUCGAAGACGGAUUGAAACGGAUCUACCACGGAGGGUUCCCAAAGCCUGAUUUUUACUUCAAUGGGUUCGCCGUAUACGGAACUGGCAAUCUAUUCACAAUCAAAGACAAUGCAGCACAUGCCGCACAGAAGAAAGCAUUGGCGAACUGCUUCUCAAAGUCCUCUAUCAUGUCAUCGCAGAGUGUACGCGCCGCAUCACGAGACGUCUUGUUCAGGCGUCUUCUUCCGCUUUUAUACAAUGCUGCUAACCUCAACAAACCAGUUGAGGUACUAGAGCUCAACUACUCGUAUCUACUUGACACCUUUGUGCAGUGGCAAUUCGGGCAAUCGCUGCGCAGCAAUCUGGUUGAGGACGAAAAGGAACGGAGAUUCUACCUUGACGGGUUUCUGGGAAUAUCCAAAUACACCUUUUGGCAAUAUGAGUUUCCCGGUCUGAUCAACAUGCUCCAGAAAAUUGGGAUUCACCUCAUCCCCAAAUCCGUGAUAAACGCAUUUGAGGGCGUCGAAAACUGGAACCUAGAAAAGUGUGACCAAGCCCAGCAACUCCUAGCCAGCAGGGAACAGUUAUCACUAGAUGAUCACCCGGUGGUGUUUGAACAGGCGCUCAAGGGGAUGAGCGAGGUCACCUCCAAGCCAAAAGCAUACCCUCGUCGUCUCCCACUGGCAAGUGAAAUGUUUUCCUUAAACUCCGGCGCGUUUGAGACCAGCGGCAACACCAGCACCUACCUGUUGUACGAGCUCAGUCGACACCCGGAGUGGCAGAAAAAACUUCAAGAAGAGUUGCGCAGUCUGUCCCCGUCGUUGAAAUAUAUUCCUGGAAAGGUAGUGGAAAUCGACGAUAUGACCAAUCCUCAGGAUAUCGACAAAUUGCCAAUCCUUCACGCUGUCCUGAUGGAAACCCUUCGACUCUGGCCCUCCGUGCCUGGAGGUCAACCACGUGUCGUGCCAUGGCCUUGUACCCUAGGGGGCUACCACAACAUCCCCACAGGAACAAUUGUGCAGUCAUACGCUUCUGUUCUGCAUCGCAUGCCUGAUGUAUUUCCUGAUCCUCAUGAAUGGAAGCCAGACCGAUGGCUCAAUGCGUCACCAGAAGAAUUGGCUAUCAUGAGAAAAUGGUUCUGGGGGUUUGGCAGUGGUGGAAGAAUGUGCCUUGGGCUUCACUUUGCCUAUUACUCCAUUAAAUUCUUGUUCGCGAGCAUCUAUUCCAACUUCACAACCACAAUUCAUGACCAUGGGGACAUGGAACCAAGUGACGGGUAUCUGUCAUGUCCAAAGGGACAUCGUCUGGAACUAAGAUUUCAUCUUUUGCAGUGA